AGCUAUUAAGAGACACCAGUAAUAUUUUGAAAAUAGAGACUCUAAAUCGAAUUUUCAUUUUUUGCAAGUACACUACAAAGUUUGAAUAAUUUGUAAACGAAUUAUUCUAGUAUAUCCUUCCCUAAAAAAUAGAAAAAUGAAAAUUGAAGGAAAAUGUGCGUUGGUGACUGGAGGGGCAAAUGGAAUAGGGUUAAAUAUCGUUCGCAAUUUAUUGAUACGUGGUGCCAAGUGCGUUGUAAUUUUGGACCUGGAUAAAGAGGGAGGAACCGAAGCUAAAAAAAAUUUAGAAAAAGAAUAUGGAAAAAAUCGAAUUUUUUUCUUCCCUUGUGAUGUAACAAAAUUGGACGAAUUUGAGGACAAAUUUAAGAAGUCUUUAGAAGUUUGCAAUAAAGUCGACAUUUUCGUUAAUAAUUCCGGAGUGUUAAAUGAAGUUGAUUGGACUGGUAUGAUUGACAUAAAUUUGAGAGCCCUGAUAAAAGGUACGAAAUUGGCUCUGGACCACAUGGGUACAUCAAAACCAAGCGAAGAUAAAAUUAUAGUGAAUAUGGCUUCUAUAGGUGGACUUUCAAAAUAUGAAGGAAGUGAAGCAUUUGCGGUUUACCAAGCCUCCAAAUAUGGUGUUGUCGGUUUUAGUACUGCUAUUAAGAAAGCAUGUGAUGACAGAGGAAUUAAACUUUUAAUAAUUUGUCCUGGAGCAGUGGAAAAAACAAAUGUUUUUACAAAUUAUUUGAAAGCGGCUGCGGAAAGUAAACUAGGAGAUUUCGUUACACAGACACCGGAGAACGUCGGAUUCUUAAUUGUAGAUUUGAUUGAAAGAAAUAUAAAAGAGACAACGUGGGUAAUUGAAGACAACAAAACACCUUAUGCUGUUCAGUUUCCACAUUAUUCGACUGUCAAAAUAGCAAGUUUGAAUUAAAAUCCAUCUGGAUUGUCAAAUGGUUAAAAAAUUUAUAUUUAUAAAGUAUAUUGAAUAAAAUUGGCUCAUCGCUUAUUCUAG